AUGGCCUUUGCAGUUUCAAGUAAAAUUAUUUUUUUCCUGCUGUUGUUUUUGUUUCUACUCUCAGCCACAGCCCAGCGUUACGGGAAUGUUACUUUGGGUUCAUCAAUAACUGCAAACAAAGAAAAUUCCACUUGGGUGUCACCUUCUGGAGAAUUUGCUUUUGGCUUCCAGCAGAUCAUUCCUGGAGGUUACUUGCUGGCCAUCUGGUUCAACAGAAUACCUGAAAGAACUAUUGUUUGGUCUGCCAAUCGUGAUAAUCUUGUCCAAGAAGGAUCAAAAGUUCAACUAUAUGCAGAUGGAAGGUUUGAAUUGAGUGAUCCUAGUGGCCAUCGGAUAUGGACUACUACCAUUUCUCAUGAUCGAGUGGCUUAUGGAGCCAUGCUUGACACUGGUAAUUUUGUGUUAGUUAACAACAGUUCAGUUGUAUUGUGGCAGAGUUUUGAUGAACCAACCGACACAUUAUUACCAACACAGACACUGAAUAAAGAUGGCAAACUUGUUUCCAGCUUCUCCAAAACAAAUUUUUCAAGAGGGAGAUUCCUCUUCACAUUGCAAUAUGAUGGGAAUCUUGUGUCUUACAGGUCUUUAAAGGGGUACCUUCUGCAGAUUUUUGCUUAUUGGUCAACACAAACUAUAGGCAGUGGCUUCAAGCUGAUCUUCAACCGGAGAGCAAUAUUGGAAUAUGACGGGGUUCUCAAGCAUUAUGUCUACCCUAAGUCUUCCAAUUCAGCAGGUGCAAGAUCGUGGUCUACUAUAAAUUUCAUACCUUCGAAUAUAUGCACGCGCAUAACACAAAGUACAGGCAGCGGUGCCUGUGGCUUUAACAGUAUCUGCUCGUUGGGAACUGAUCAAAUUCCAAAGUGUGACUGCCCUUUUGGUUACUCUGUCAUAGAUCCAAAUGAUAGAAUGAGUGGAUGCAAACCAAAUUUCGUUGCACAAAGUUGUGAUAAAGAGGCACAUGGAACAGAAUUUUUUAGAUUCACUGACAUGCCCAACACAGAUUGGCCUCUCUCCGAUUAUGCGUAUUUUCAGCUAGUCACAGAAGAUUGGUGUCGACAGGUUUGCCUAGAUGAUUGUUUCUGUGCUGUUGCGAUUUAUAGAGACGGUAAGUGUUGGAAGAAGAAGUAUCCUCUCUCCAAUGGGAGAGUCGAUUCUAGCACAGGAGGAAAAGCUAUGAUAAAAAUAAGGUAUAACAACGGAACUGCCUAUUAG